CUAAGAUGGCGUCCUCCUUGUGGAAGGUCAGCCGAGUCCUUCACAAGUAUCGGUGUAGCGCUCUCAUAAAUGCGCACAAAUCAUUGACAUUACAAUAUAAGGGUUUUAAAUCAUCAUGUCGAUUAUUUGGUGCAACUCCCAUCAAAAUGCCUGCGCUAUCACCAACCAUGCAGGAAGGUACUAUUGUAAAAUGGUACAAAAAAGAAGGUGACACAAUAGCUCCCGGGGACAUUCUGUGUGACAUACAGACUGACAAGGCUGUUAUGGGGAUGGAGGUGGAAGAGGAGGGGAUUCUAGCCAAAAUUAUAAAACCUGAUGACAGUAAAGAUGUACAGAUUGGUGUCAUGAUAGCAGUGAUGGUGGAGGAGGGAGAAGACUGGGAGAAUGUGGAGGUGCCAGCAGAGGUAGAGGUAGACAGUGCACCUGCUGUAGAACCCACCCAGGAACCUGUGUCUGCCCCUCCCCCUCCCACCCAGCCUGCUGCUGCUGCUGCUGCAACACAAUCUACAGAACAUUUUGACAUACCAAAGGGGGUGAAAAUAGGUCCGGCUGUUCGAAGUUUGGCAGAAAUAUACAGUAUAGCACUAGGAAAUGUGAAACCCACAGGACCCCAGGGUAGAAUAUUGAAAGGAGAUGUGCUAAGCUACAUUAAAGAGAAAAAUCUCAGCCCUGCAGAACGUUUAGAGGCGGCGCCUGCACAGCCCACAGUGCAGCAAGUUGGGGUACCAACACCACCACCACCUACACCAGUGAGGGUGACAGAAGGGGAAGGUUAUCUAGACAUUGAAUUAUCCAACAUGAGAAAAGUAAUUGCAAAGAGGUUAACAGAAUCUAAGACCACCAUACCACACUCAUACUCUACUAUUGAUUGUGACAUGGGAAAUGUGCUGGACAUGAGGAAAGAUUUUCAAAAAGAUGGUAUAAAAGUAUCUGUGAAUGACUUCAUAAUUAAAGCAGCAGCAGUUGCUCUUCAGAGGGUUCCUGAGGUCAACGCCCUGUGGACUGGAGAAAGUGCCCGUCUGAUGCAAGAAGUGGAUGUUUCUGUUGCUGUUGCCACUGACAAUGGUCUUAUUACUCCAAUAGUCAAAGAUGCUGCCAGCUUAGGUGUUCAACAAAUCAGUGAUACUGUUAGGGACCUGGCUACCAGGGCAAGAGAAAACAAAUUGCAACUCAAUGAAUUUCAAGGGGGAACUUUCACAAUUUCAAACCUAGGAAUGUUUGGUAUCACAGAAUUCUCAGCAGUAAUCAACCCACCCCAGGCUUGUAUCCUGGCCGUAGGUUCCUCCAGAGUGUGUCUGGGGGAUGACAACACACCCAGGACAUUAAUGACAGUGACACUAUCCAGCGAUGCCAGAAUAGUCGAUGAUUAUCUCGCUACCAGAUUUUUAUCGGCAUUCAAGGAGAACUUAGAAAACCCCAUGCUUAUGACAGCAAAGACUAUUCCUGAUAGGGAUUCACUAAUGGAUACAUUGUUUGCAUAAUAGGACACGGACUUUUUAAAAAAUGGCAUGAUGACAGCUUAUUAUGCAGUUAACUGUUAGUAAUAUUUAUUAUUUAGUGGCUGAAUGUUGCCAUAAAUAGUCUGUGUAACACUUGGAUAUUGAUGCAUUAACUUACAACUUAAUAUUGACAAGCUUGUGGUUUAAGGGGAUAUAUAAGGAAAAAGUGUAUCAGUAAAUGUGUGACAGUUAACACAAAAUAGAUUAUAAUUGUUUUCUCUUUAUUUGUUUGUAGGAGUGAACAAUUUCUGCUGCCAACAAUACAGUUUACCUAAGCUAGAUAAAAAAUUAGACGGUCUUACGUACUCUGCUCAACAUUAGUGUUAUUACAUUCAAAAUAAAAUAUGUAUUCAUAAUA